AUGACAUGCGAGAGAGCUACAGUGCACGGUGUGCCCAUCGCAGUGCUUCAACUGGACUUAAGCUGGGCUUUCGACCGGGUGUCCCACGACUUCCUGCUUCAGUUGCUGCAGUGGUGUGAGGUGAGAAAGUUCACAAUUCAAUGGAUCUCGAUCUGCUAUCGUGAGCUGACGACGAGCCUAGUGGUAAACGGAAGAAGCACGAGAAGCAUAGCCGUGAAGCGAUCCGUACGCCAGGAAUGCCCCCUUUCCCCAAUCCUCUUUGCACUCUACCUUGAGCCAAUCUGUCGCAUCAUAGAAGCGGAUUCUACGAUAACCGGCAUGAAGUGUGAAGCUGGAGAGGUAAAGCUGCUCGCUUACGCAGAUGACGUUACGCUGAUAUGUACAAGUAAGGAGAGUAUAGAACGGGCAACGCAAGAAAUACAGCGAUUUUGUAAGCUGUCGGGAGCACUUCUCAACUGGGAGAAAACAAAAGGAGCUUGGCUGGGCGAUUGGGAUGAAACUCCAACACGUUACAUGGGAGCAACGUGGUCAACGCAGGUGGACACAUACCUAGGUGUGCCCUUUAAUCAAGAACGUCAGUUUUCUGGAGGAGAGAUGUGGAGCACCAGACUGAACAAGUUAAAAGCGUCGUUGACAGUGUGGAACGGGAGAUAUGUGUCCACUCUGAACCGUAGCAUCAUCUGCAACGUCUCCUUAUAUCCGGCGGUGUUGUACUAUGCGCAGGCCAGAGUCUGCAGUGGACCGACGACUCACAGAAUCCAUCGCAUUUUUGCCACUUUCAUCUGGCGUUCACGGAUGGAGAAGAUGCGGCGCACAAAUCUUUUCCACUCAAGGCUGCGAGGUGUCUUCCAGGUGAUGAAUGUGGCAGUGAAGCUCGUCGUUCACCGCUUUAUGCUGUUCCGAAGUGAGAAGAACGGUCACUUCUGGGAAACGUUGCAGUCAUUAGGAGCCGCAUACUUGCUGCUAUGGAUAGCUACAACAGCGGUCUUGCCUAAGAAGAACCCAGCCCUUGGCUUCUAUAAAGAUGUCGCCGAAGCAGUACGCUUUCUAACCGACAGGUUCUCUUGGGACUACCUUAGUACAGGUAACAGAAGAAAGCUGUAUUGGGACAUCAUCGAUGUUGUGUUCCCGUCUCCCCUGUACCGGAGCAGCCUCUCCAACAGAAAAGACUCCGAUGUCUCCAGUAAGGUUACGGGCAUGCCUAUCCCUACCUGGAUAAAAGACUGCUUCGUCCUCUUCCAUACUGACACUUUGCCUGUCAAAACAUGGAAGCACGCCAAGGGCUUUAUCGUUCCGUGGUCUUUAAGAUGUGACAGCUGCUUCGCUGAGCAAGAAACACCGGUGCACGUGUUCCUCAACUGCAGAAAUGCAGUGCAGUUCUGGGGAGAAGCACGCUACGUGGCAGAGGUUGAUAGCCCCUUUCAAUGGGAACAGCUCAAGUUUCUAGACUUUAAGGAUGACGCACGGAGGGAGUUAGUGGAAGUUAUUGCAGUGGUGGGCAUGCAUUCCCUCUGGGCAUACCGGCAAGACUACGUCAACUGUAAGGAGAAUAUCAGCACUCCCUGGUCGCGUUUUGUGACCACCCUGUUGUGGACGAUAGAGCUCGUGAACUCUUCGGAGUAUUAUGAAGUGGACGGCCUUCUCCGACUGAAAGAGAGGCUCAUGCGAAACUCUUAUUCAUUUUGA